AAAUGAUAAGUGCUCUUUCACCCGGCUCCCCCGAGCGGGCACUGGCAGCAGCGCGUCCGCCAACUCCUUCCACCUGAAGUGGCUUUUCGUUUGGCCGCUUCUUGGUGUCACGUUGCAAUCUUAAAACCAUCUCGGCAAAGAUUUGCGAAGUAUCGACUAUGUGCCACAGCUGACGUGACGGCUUGUUUGAUUCGGCACCACUAAGGCUAGGUAUUUCGUGUUGCGUGGAUCCUCUUAUGUUUGAUUUCGAUAUGCCUAAUUAAUUAUGUAGAAAAAAGUGCGUGGUCAAAUCCACGGGAGAUGUCGACGCUUUCACCUUGCGUCCAAGAUGACGUUCCCGUUGCCUUCUGACUUUUCAGUGGAGUAUACAGCGAUGUUUUAUGAACUUUGAUCUAAAGAAGACAGCUUUUGAAAAUAAUUUGAGUCGUCGGCCCACAUCGGUACACAUCCUUACCCAAUUAAGGAAGAAAAUAACGGGUAACUUAAAGAGGACAAAACGUGUCCUUGUUUGCCAGAUAUUUGUUCACUGGUGCGCUCGCUUUCGCAGAUCUGGAGCUAUUCCGCGUGUGCCGGCUGUCUGGAUAUAUAAGCGUAGAAUGAUAGCGUUAAUGACAUUUGGAGUAAGAUUCUUAACUUGAAGGUGUAACACGCACCAUCAUCGACAUUUGUGGAGUCCAACAUAAAUGGGAGGACUGAUUCGGAAUUGUUACCGAGAAAUAUGUGGAUAAAACGGUGUAUAGCACGCAGGUUCAAGCUUCAUGUGGGCUGGCAGAGGAAAGUCAUGUGUGACCAAAGGAGGCUCGAACCUAAUGAAGAUACAAGUUAAUCAACCAAUUAAUCAUCUGUGUGCAUGAAGACAUGUGGAGAACUGAAGUUCCAUGGCUGCUUUAAGACCUUCGGGAGUUCUGGGUUGCAGAAUGUGGAUCUUCCUUGGGCUUGUCCACCUCACAAUGGAUCUGUCUCUCUGUGCUCCAGCGGGGCAGGCCCUUACACUCAAGCUGCUGCCUCGGCCAGUGCCCCGCUUAAAGAGCCGCUCCCUGGCUGCCCGGGACACGCCCGGCAGCCAGCACUGGAGGACUCUGGUUACCUGGCAGCGCAGUGUCUCCCCUUCCAUCCCACUGUCUGGCUACCGAGGAGGAGGAGGGGGGCCAGGGUCCAAACUUCGGGCUCAGAGGCACAGGCGUCACCUCUGCGAGGACUGUAGCUCUGGCUUCACCUCCUCCGAAGGAGGGGAGUCGCUGGAGUUUUUGGAGGGCAGCAGGGAGGACAUUGUGCGGUACCUGGAGCGGUCACGCCGGCAGCUGAAGUGGGACAGCUACUAUGGUGCACAGGAAGGGAGGACCACCACGGUGGCGGGAUUUAUCGACUGGGGGCCAACGGGGACGGACGAGGGGUCCGAGGACGAGAUUAAAAUGAUCGCCAACACCCGGGCCACCACGAAAGCCUCCACCACUACUACCACUACUACCACUAGCAUCACCACCACUAGCACACGCAGCCCCCAAAGAACUUACGCGGUGGUGACCACCGCCCAUCCCAGGAGGCUGAGCACCACGCAGCCUAAUAUUAACCUCGGGGUGACUGCCAGGCCACAGAAGCCAUUUGUGGACACACCAGGUCUGGCAGUACAUCAGAUCAUUACCAUCACUGUUUCCCUCAUAAUGGUCAUUGCAGCCUUGAUAACAACGCUAGUCCUUAAAAACUGCUGUGCACAGUCGGGCAAUGGCCACCACACUAGCCACCAGAGGAAGAUUACCCAGCAGGAAGAGAGUUGCCAGAACCUGACCGACUUCACGCCAGCCCGGGUGCCCAGCAAGGUGGACAUCUUCACCGCCUACAACGACAGUUUACAGUGCUCUCACGAGUGUGUGCGCACCGCUGUUCCCGUUUACACGGACGAGAUGAUUCAGCACACGCCCAUCUACAAGACUGCGUACAAUGGAAGCAGACCGUCGCCGACUGAAAGGCAGCUAAUCCCUGUGGCCUUUGUGUCUGAGAAAUGGUUUGAGAUCUCCUGCUGAAGACCUUUUACUACCUGUGGGGUUGCUGCAACUUCCUCGUUUUUGACCCCGGAUCCCAUUGGAAAACCUCAAAUACAUUUGAUAAC